AUCAGGUACCACCCGUCCCAGUCCGGACUCCAGUAUUCCUUCCGCAUUAUCAUGGUCCGCGACGCAUCCGAUAGCAACCGAAUUGAGAAGGCAACAAAAUGAUCCACAAUCAACCGAUCGUCUAGCUCCACAGUCGAGAGCCACAGAAAGAAAAAAAAAACAGUCUCAUCAUCGUCAUAAGAGAGAGAGCUUUUGCUCUGUAGUGUCACAUUUCCCCCCUCUGCAGUCCUCCAAUCACGGCCAUGGAGUCGCGAGUCCUCUCACGCGCUGCCGCUCUCCCCCAGCUCCGGAGGCUCCCGCGGGAGGGCGGCGGCUCCUCCUCGUCCAGCUUCCUCUCGAUGAAGCCGAUCAGCGGCGGAAUCGGCGCCGAAGGCGCCGCCGCCAACCUCAUCUGCGGGAGGCAACUCUGCCCGUUCCUCCUCCUCGAGGCCAAGCGCGAGACCGCCGUCAAACCCGUUCUCGCCGCCGCCUCCUCUUCUCCGGCCGAAGGAAGCGAUUCCGCCGGGGCCAAGGUUGGCUUCCUCGAGAAGUACCCGUUCCUCAUCACCGGGUUCUUCUUCUUCAUGUGGUACUUCUUGAACGUCAUCUUCAACAUCAUGAACAAGAAGAUCUACAAUUACUUCCCUUACCCAUACUUCGUGUCGGUAAUCCAUUUGGCGGUGGGAGUGGUGUACUGUCUGAUCAGCUGGGCCGUGGGCCUUCCCAAGCGCGCGCCAAUAGACGGGAACUUGUUGAAGCUGCUGAUUCCAGUUGCGGUAUGCCAUGCUCUAGGACAUGUGACCAGCAACGUCUCCUUCGCAGCCGUUGCCGUCUCCUUCACCCACACCAUCAAAGCUCUCGAGCCAUUCUUCAAUGCGGCUGCUUCGCAGUUCAUCCUCGGGCAGUCGAUCCCCAUAUCGCUGUGGCUGUCUCUUGCCCCUGUCGUCCUUGGUGUGUCGAUGGCAUCGCUGACCGAGCUUUCGUUCAACUGGCUGGGGUUCAUCAGCGCCAUGAUCUCCAACAUUUCCUUCACUUACAGGAGCCUUUACUCCAAGAAGGCUAUGACGGAUAUGGACAGCACUAAUGUGUAUGCGUACAUCUCGAUCAUUGCUCUAAUCGUUUGCAUUCCGCCAGCCAUUUUCGAAUUCUUCCCAAUCUUUGCUCUCUAUUUUGGGAUUUUGCAGGUUGAGGGACCUCAGCUAAUGAAGUACGGGUUCAAUGAUGCGAUCGCCAAAGUUGGGAUGACCAAAUUCGUCACAGACCUCUUCUGGGUUGGACUGUUCUAUCACCUCUACAAUCAGCUGGCCACUAAUACUCUGGAGAGGGUUGCACCGCUGACACAUGCUGUUGGCAAUGUGUUGAAGCGUGUGUUUGUCAUCGGCUUCUCGAUCAUUAUCUUUGGUAACAAAAUCUCGACACAAACUGGGAUCGGAACAUGCAUCGCCAUUGCUGGAGUGGCGAUCUACUCGUUGCUCAAGGCCAAGAUUGAGGAGGAGAAGCGGGUGAGUUUCGGUUUUUUCAAAGCCUUGAAAUUUGUAUCUCGAUGUACCUCGAGAUGGAUCAAAAACUACAAUGUUGUCUAACGCGACCUCUCGAACGAAAAUACGUGAAGUGAGUUGGAGUUUGCUGAGAUUUAUCGUACUUAAGCAUGACAUUGAUGUUAGCAGAGUAACUAGGACGAGAUCAAGCAACUUACAAACAUUUUUGUUUAUCAUGUCAAAAGAGUAAUUUUGAGUUAAUCUUCAUUCCAAUGUUCCAUCCAUUCCCUGACCAAUUUCCUCGUCUUUUUUUUUUCUUGUAGCAAAAGAAAGCCACAUAAGGAAGAAAGGACUAAAGAGCUAUGGCGUGUGGGAGGAAACCUGAUCAUCGGCUUGUAAAGCCUUUCAUAUAUAUUCUGCUACUAUAUUAUUCUUGUGAUCAAGAAGUUCUUUUCCCCCCUGUUUUCUCUGCUUUCUUCUCGAUCUUUUUUUUUACCUCCUGCAUUAUUGUUCUUUGAUUCUGAGUAACGACAAUUUGCUAAUCUGCAAAUCUCUCAAGUUCUUGUUGACUUGAAAUAAUGUUACU